UUUUGCCGAAAGAAAAAGAAGAGCCACUCAGUGACUUGGAAUGUGACCGGCGGUUCUCCGGCUAUUCCUCCGCCGCCGAAGCCUUUACAGGCGAAUCGCGAUGUUGAAAAGGGCGAAAUUAAACCCAAGGAUAACUCAGCAAUGAGAGAUGGCGGAAUGGUUAUUCUAGGUGCUGCUGCUGCAACAGUUGUCACCGCGGCUGUUAUUGAUAGUGGUGGUGGCGGAGGUGGUGGAUGUGGAGGUGGUGGUGGAGGUGGUGGAUGUGGAUGUGGAGGCGGAGGAUGUGGUGGCGGAGGAUGUGGUGGUGGUGGAUGUGGAGCUGUAGUUUUGGUUUGGUAUUUUGGUGGCCGAAAAGAAAAUAUCAGUCGGAAUAAUGUGUCUGUUCCUGCUCCUCCUCAUGUCGAAAAGGCUGUUGUUACGAGUCCUAGUGCUUGUCGUGACUGGGGGAUCCGGGGUUGGGGUGGUGGAGGGAUGAGCUCUUGGGGUGGUGGGGGUGGUGGAACUAUUGGCGUGGGCGCCAGAGUUUGA